UCCUUUCCCCAGGGGAAGAGGGGAGCCGCGAGGGCCCCUUUGGCGGCAGUAAAAUACCUACAGCGACUUUCAGUAUGCUUGGCGUAGCGGCGCCUUGUCAUCGCUCUCUCCCCUUUUCGCUGUGGAGAAAGAGGACUGCACCCCCUUUCCCAGAAUAAUCCCAACAACGAGACGGCUUUGUGGCCGGAAGCAACGUUCGGCUUCCAAACAUUCUGGGGUUCGGCGAUUAUCUCUGCGGGUCUCUGCUCGGUUGCGCGCCGGUUUGCGCUUUGAAAGACUGUGUGCGUUGAGCUGGUUUGGUUUAAGCCGAAGCGGCCGAUUCUUAGCUGAGCGCUGAGCAUGGCUCCGACUCGUUGGGGCAUUGUGGCCGCCGGCCGCAUCUGCAACGACUUCGUCGACUGCCUUAACAACCUGCCGAGGGACGAGCACCAGGUCGUGGCUGUUGCUGGAAGAAACGUCGAGAAUGCGAAGAAGUUCGCCGAGCUGCACCACAUAAACAAAGCAUAUUCGACUUAUGAGGAGCUGGCAAGGGACCCAGAUGUGGAGGUGGCGUACGUUGGCUCCCUUCACCCGGACCACUACCCGACUCUAAAGCUACUCCUGGAGAAUGGCAAACACAUUCUCUGUGAGAAACCCCUCACCAUGAACCGGCGGGACACCGAAGACAUCUGCCGGAUAGCCAAGGAGAAGAAGCUCUUCCUUAUGGAGGCCCUGUGGAGCCGCUUCCUGCCUUCGUACAAGCACAUGGAGGAGCUCCUUAGCAACGGAACCAUAGGAGAAGUGCGCUAUGUGCACUCCACAUUUGGCUACCCUAUGGACAAACUGAACCGCGUGUUCAUCAAGAAGCUCGGUGGAUCGGUUUUGCUUACCCUGGGAAACUACUGUGCCAACAUCGUCCUCCAGGUUUUCGGUGCUGAGCGACCGGUCAAGAUCAGCGCGUGCGGGGACCUAGCGCCCGAAGGCGUUGACCAGGCCGUCGCUGUGGCAAUGGAAUUUAGAGGAGGCCGACUUGCGACGUUUGCGUUGUCAGGCAUUGUCAAGUUGCCGGGAAUCGCAGAGAUCGUUGGGACAAAAGGCAAGAUCACCCUGCACCCACCCUUUCAUGCGCCAACCUGCGUCGAGUCGCCAGCCGGAAAGGUCGAGUUCCAACUUCCACCAACUUCCGUGCCUCACAACUUCCCCAACACAGCUGGCUUGCGAUACCAGGCAGAAGAAGUGAGGAGGUGUUUGCGUGAAGGCCUUCUUGAAAGCCCUAAGAUGACACAUCAGGAUUCAUUGCUGAUUGCAGAAAUGCUGGAUGAAAUCUUGAAGCAAGUCGGUGUAGAGUAUUAAGAUAGUGGCAGCAUACAUCAAGGAAUGCUCCAUUCCAUGAUUUUCUGAUUGGUGACACUUAAUUGUUGAAUUUCACGCAUUCGUAUACCUUUUUUUUUUGCCUUCUUGCUUUUCUAUAACGUAGCCUUCGAGGCCUGCAUUUCACUUUUGCUUUUGCUGUAAACGUUGACUAUGAUUGACUGUGCUGCUGACAAUCUUACAUAUGUUCAAAAGGUUCAGCAGAACAUGCCACUCAAUAAUAUUACCAGUCGCUUCGAAUGCUGCAACUUCAUAAAACUAACAGUUUGAAUAUGUGCUUCAGAAGUAAUUAGGCUGAAGUAACCAAAGCUUACAUAAUAAAAAUGUAUUGAAAAUGCACAAUGUCCAUUUGGGCAGUGUUUAAGUAGUUUCAAAUUUGGAAUUAAAAAGUGUACAAUAAAACCGGCAACAAAAAUGAACUUUUGCGGCUUUCAUAAGAUUUGAGUCUAUGUAAAUUUGCACAAGUUCAAGGUAUUUAGCUUUUUACUGCUAUUGUUUUGUUAUCCCGGGACAUUUGAUUUCUUGCGUUUUAAUGUCACGCUUCGUAGAUGGGCGAAUUAUCAAAUAUGCAGUUACUUGAUUUUCAUAGCUAUGCAUAUCUAACGUACAGGUUUGUGACCAAACCGAGCAUUUUAUAUAUAUCUUUAUUCCUAAUACAAUAUUAAGAAACAUCGAAAGGUUUAUUUUUUUCAUACGGUGAACGUUGUCGCGUAAGAAGACAGCGUGAUAAUAAAAAUUGUUCACUGCCUUGAAACGCAUAUUAGGUGCCAGACAAUACAAUCUUCUAUUGUUUAGGUGGUCAUUUCUAUUGAAAUUCGGCCCUGCCGUCGCAUAUUCGGCAACAAACAAUUGCAGCGAUGCUGACGCCAUCAGCCGCAGUCACAUUAGUCCGAGAACAUGAGACUGUUGAUUGAGAGACAAGUUUAAUGAUGUGCUGAAGAUGAUAAGACUUUUGAGACAAGAGCUCCCUCCAGAAUGCAAAAUAAACUCUUUUGUCAUCUUCUAGUAAAUCAAAGAACUGCUAAAGUUACAGGUAAAAAAAAAGGUAAAUGAGAUCGGUGGCGGUACGUUAUGCAACUUCGCACAAUGCAUUGAAUACUAUGUACAUUUUAAUAACAGCCCCAGAUUUGUUGGGAGACCUGAAUUAUCUUAGUAUAUGAAAAAUCAUUCACUUUUAUCGAAUGCUAAAUAUUUUAUAUAGAAGGAUGUUAUAUCAAAAGCUUUUUCUUAUUCUAACCACAGUAACCACGGUUCAUCAAAAAUGUUUCGGUUAAUUUAACCCACACUAUUGCAUUCACCAAUACUGACCAAGGUUGAAUGGCUUACUUUCUUGAGGUCACAUGUUUAUUGAGAAACAAACUAAUUAAAAAAAUGAUCGAAAUUUGUUUCCUUAAGUCACGUACCUUUAGCUAUCGCAGCCUUGACAUUUUAACGUUCCAGUUUAAGCGAGUUUGUGCAAACGCAGUUUCUAUAAAGCAAAGCUUUUUUUGCCUAUUCCCUGUGA